GUCUAGCCGGUUCGCUGUGACACAGAGAGUCCCCUUAAGCUUACGUGACAACUCGCAUACUGUCCCUUUGUGACCAGCUUAUCAGAAUGCCCGGUCUAUGCGUGCUUUGUCUCACUGCGGUGCUCGCAGCAUUCACCCGGUUCGCGGAGACCGUGGGACCGGUGGUCCGAUGCGAGCCGUGUGACGCCGGGGCUCUUAUGGAGUGCAAGCCGCUGCCAAAAGACUGCGCAGAGAGGGUGCGGGAGCCCGGCUGCGGGUGCUGUCUGUCGUGCGCCCUUGCUGAGGGUCAGGCGUGUGGAGUGUACACCGGGCGCUGUGGCUCCGGGCUGAUUUGUCAGUUCCAACCCGGGGAGACCCGACCACUGCAAGCCUUGCUAGAGGGACGGGGCGCGUGCUCCAGCGCAGCGUCCAAAAAACUCAACACCUUUUUGCUCCCCGCGCAGAAACAAGAGAACACAAGCGGGGAGCAUUCCGGGGCGGGGGAUGAACGGCGUGCCAACGGCACCGUGAUGACGACCAAGACGGUGGCAGGGGGCGCGGUAGGUGUGGAAGGAGGAGGUGGUGGACAUCGGGGGGCGAUAGAGGCCAAACCGCCGCUGCACACCAAGCUAGACGUGAUCAAGAAGGAGCAGAAUAAGAAGAGCCAGAGCUACAAGGUGGAGUCAGUGUCUGGGGGAGUCAACUCCGACAUGCACAACUUCUCCCUGGAUAACAAGAGGGAGACUGAGUAUGGCCCAUGCAGGAGAGAGAUGGAAAGCAUCCUGAACAGUCUUAAAAUCUCCAAUGUUCUCAACCCCAGAGGUUUCCGCAUCCCCAACUGUGACAGAAAGGGCUUCUACAAGAAAAAACAAUGCCGUCCUUCCAAAGGGAGGAAGAGGGGUUACUGCUGGUGUGUGGAUAAGUACGGUCAGCCUCUCCCUGGCUAUGAUGGAAAGGAGAGAGGAGAAUCCCAGUGCAACAACCUGGAGAACAAAUGAGAGGCAGAGAGAGGAUGGAGUGAUGGAGAGAAAGAAUAAGGCAAGAAGAAGAGAGGAAUGGGAGAGAGAGAUACUUUUUUAAACUCCUGCCUUGCACGUAACCGUCGAAAGAGUGCCGGACCGUUGACCUCAGGUCACAUGACUGCCGG